UACCAGCUAGUUAUAGUCUGGGCAGUCUCUCCCCCUUUUCUUUUUCCAAAGUCGCUUAAAGGCGACCAGAGGACAGAAGGAGGCACUGGGUAACCUAGGAGUCCUGGCUCCGCCCCUUCUGCCUUUGGCCUUGUCUGCUCCUCCCAUCACCACUCAGAGGCGGCUACUGGCCCGCAACGGAGACCGAAAGCAGUCUUCGCUCGCCGCUACUCCAGCCUCGGGCUUCAAGCCCUGUAGCUGAGAAGACAUCUAAUGGUACAUCACUGGUCCGUUCUGCCUCAGUUUCGGGAUCCAUCCGAAAAGCUUCCCGACAAGGAUUCUCAGUGAGACCGCACUCGAUUAAAUCGGUCUGUCUCUUCCGACCAAGGAGGCGGGCUCGCCGCAGCCGCUUCAAGGCCAAAGCGAGUGGAGCAUACUGCGCACGCGCAGUAGACAGCGAUGGAGCCACCAAUGGAGCAGUCCGGAGGGGAGCAAGAACCAGGAGGUGUCAGGCUCCUGGACCUGCCCUGGGAAGACGUGCUGCUUCCGCACGUCCUGAACUGGGUCCCGCUGCGCCAGCUGCUCCGGCUGCAGCGCGUCAGUCGCGCCUUCCGGGCGCUCGUUCAGCUGCACUUGGCGAGGCUGCGCCGCUUCGACGCCGCUCAGGUGGGUCCACAGAUUCCACGGGCGGCUCUAGCUCGGCUACUGCGGGAUGCUGAGGGGCUGCAGGAGCUGGCGCUGGCUCCGUGUCACGAAUGGCUGUCAGACGAGGACCUGGUGCCGGUGCUGGCACGGAAUCCACAGCUCCGGAGCGUAGCGCUGGCCGGCUGCGGCCAACUGAGUCGCCGAGCGCUCGGGGCGCUGGCUGAGGGCUGCCCGCGUCUGCAGCGCCUUUCCCUCGCUCACUGUGACUGGGUGGACGGGCUGGCACUGCGUGGCCUCGCUGACCGCUGCCCGGCUCUGGAGGAGCUAGACCUCACCGCCUGUCGUCAACUCAAGGACGAGGCCAUCGUGUACCUGGCGCAGAGACGCGGCGCGGGCCUCCGCAGCCUCUCAUUAGCAGUCAACGCCAAUGUUGGGGACACUGCGGUCCAAGAGUUGGCUCGAAACUGCCCGCAACUCGAGCACCUAGACCUCACCGGCUGCCUUCGGGUCGGAAGCGACGGUGUCAGGACACUGGCGGAGUACUGCCCAGCGCUGCGCUCUCUGCGGGUGCGGCACUGCCACCAUGUGGCCGAACCGAGCCUGAGCCGCUUGCGGAAGCGUGGUGUGGACAUCGACGUGGAACCACCCCUGCACCAGGCCCUGGUGCUACUCCAGGACAUGGCAGGCUUCGCACCCUUUGUCAACCUACAGGUCUGACUGACUUUCCUUGGGGUGGGAGCACAGCUGGACUGUGUAGCCCGGGCUUGACGCUGAGCCAUAGGGAAACUGAACUGUGGGGGCCUGUGGUUGAGAGGCCUGUGAGAUGCCCUGUCCCACCCUGGAAUUUCAAAUAAAGAGCUUUUUACCCCUUC